UCUCUUCUCAGAAAACCCUAGCCCACCGUCGCAUCCCCCCCACCCCCCCAUCUCCAGCCCCUGCCCUCUCUGAGUCUCCAGCCCCUCUGUCGCAGCCCCUGCCCUGCCCUCUCCGAGUCUCCAUCCCCUCCCCUAAGAUGGAUCCUUCAAAUGAAACAGAAACACUCCGCGAUGUUCAACCUUCAACAGAAAGGACCAUGGAAUCAACAGCGACUAGUAAUCCGAUUUUUCACAAAUCUAAUGUAAGUAAGCCAUCUACUGGUCCUAGUAGUGGUAGGAAAAGAUCUAUAGUUUGGGAGUAUUUUACAAAGAUAAAAACUGAGGAUAAUUCAAGACCUAGGGCUGCAUGUAACUUUUGCGGGACUACUUACGCUUGUGAUCCUAAUAUAAAUGGCACAAAAUCAAUGUUGCAGCACUUAGAAAAAACAUGUAAGAAGUCUCCACUUAAGAAUGUGGAUAGAAACCAAUCUGUAUUAGGUUUCAAGCCUGGAGAAACCAGUGGGGGGCUUGUACCUAUUGCUUUUAGUGUUAAGGCUUGUAGAGAAGCCUUAGCAGAAAUGUUGAUUGUUGAUAAGCUUCCUUUUAGAUUUGUGGAAGGGGAGGGGUUUAAGAAAUUUAUGCUUGUUGUGCAACCUAGAUGGAAUGGGAUUCCAUCACGUGUAACGGUUGCAAAAGAUAUUUUUAAACUUUAUUUGAGAGAGAAAGACAAGUUGAAAAGUGCUCUUAAGGGGCAGCGUAUUUGUCUAACCACAGAUACAUGGACAUCCGUGCAAAAUUUUAACUAUUUGUGUCUCACUGCACAUUUUAUUGAUGAAGAUUGGAAAAUGCACAAAAGAAUUAUCAGUUUUUGUAAGGUGGAAAACCAUAAGGAUGAGACACUAGGUAAAAAAAUUGAAAUGUGUUUGCUUGAAUGGGGGAGCCCCAAAAUAUUUACAAUUACACUCGAUAAUGCAAGUUCAAAUAAUGAGGCAAUUUCGUAUAUCAAAAGAAAGACAAUGAAUAGAAAUGAUACGAUUUUGGAACAUGAGUUCUUGCAUAUGAGAUGUUGUACUCAUGUCUUGAACUUGAUUGUUCGGGAUGGGUUGAAAGAAUUUGAUCAAUCAAUUGCACGAAUUAGAGGGGCUGUGAAGUAUGUGAAAUCUUCUUUACAAAGGUGGAACACAUUUAAGCAAUGUUGUGAUAGUGAAGAUAUUUCUUGUAAAAAUAGUGUAUGCUUAGAUGAAGCAACUCGUUGGAACUCCACCUAUAUGAUGUUGGAUAAGGCUGAAAAGUUUCAAAAAGCAUUUCAACGACUAGAGAAUGAUGAUUUGGAAUAUGUUAAGAGCAUUGGGGAGGAUGAUAGUGAGGAUGAUGAUGGUGUUAAUGAGUUGAGUAAAGGGGGGGCAUCCAAGUUAGGGCCUCCAACCAAGGAUGAUUGGGAUAAGAGUAGGUUGUUUGUAAAGUUUUUAAAACUUUUUUACGAUGCAACCUUGUGUUUCUCGGGGGCCAAUAAUGUCACUUGCAACUGUUUUGUAUUUGAGCUAGCAACAAUUCAAUAUGCAAUUAAUUUGGAGUGUGUGGAAGAGCCUCAUAAUUUGAAGACAAUGGCAUUUAAUAUGAAAUCUAAAUUUGAGAAAUAUUGGGAAAAUCUUGAAAACAUGAAUCUUUUGUUGUAUGUUGGGUUGGUUCUUGAUCCUCGAUAUAAAAUGCAUGGUCUAGCAUUUUGUCUUGAAAUAAUAUAUGAUCAUAAUAGUUCGAAAGUUCUUAUGUUGGUGGAUCGGGUUAAAGAUGCCUUGACUCGUUUAUACGAUAGUUAUUGUGAAAAUGAUGGAGGUGAUGUUGGGGCACAAAAUAAAACUAUGAGCCAAUCAAGUGAGGGAGGGGCUAAUACUACAAGUUCGACUGCUUGGGCAAGUAAUUUCAGAUUUCAAUUGGCUCAAUUUAAGAAGCAUUUGGAGUUGGAGAACUCUUUGGAGAGUAAAUCUGAAGUGGAGAGGUAUUUGUCUGAAAAAUGUAUAGAAGAUGAUGCUAACUUCAACUUGUUGACUUGGUGGAAGGUUAACUCCAUUAGAUACCGCGUGCUUUCAAGAGUUGCGCGGAAUGUUCUUGCAGUUCCGAUAUCUACAGUUGCCUCUGAGUCGGCUUUUAACACAACAGGUCAAGUACUUGAUCAUUUCUGCAGUAGCCUAUCUCCACUUAUGAUAGAAGCUCUUAUUUGUACACAAAAUUGGCUCCGUUCUUCUGCCCCGAUUAACAUUCGCAGUUUAGUGGAUGAUAUUGAGGAGUUUGAGAAAUUUGAUACAGAGCUCAUGGAAUACCUAGGGGGUUCUUCAAGACCUACUUCUUUGGUUGGAGAUGAUUAAAUUUAAGGUUUGUUGAAUAGACUAUUGAAGUUGGUGGCUUGGUGCAUAGCUAUUUGUUCUAGUUGUAAAGUUUCUUAUUGAAUGUUCUUGUAAUUUGGACUUUUGGACUUGUAAUUUAGACUUUUGGAAUUUGAACUUGUAAUUUAUUGGACUU